AUGUGGCGGCUCUUGGCCACCCUCAGCUGCCUGGUGGUGCUGACCAGUGCGUGGAGCAGGCCCGGCCUGCAGCCCCUGUCCGAUGAGCUGGUCCACUAUCUGAAUAAGCGGAACUCUACAUGGAAGGCCGGACACAACUUCCGCAACGUGGACAUGAGCUACGUGAAGACUCUGUGUGGCACCAAACUGGGCGGGCCCAAGCUGCCCGAGAAAGUGUGGCUUGCUGAGGACCUAACUCUGCCUGAAAACUUUGACGCCCGGGAACAGUGGCCGAACUGCCCAACCAUCGGGGAGAUCAGAGACCAGGGUUCCUGUGGCUCCUGCUGGGCAUUUGGAGCUGUGGAAGCCAUUUCUGACCGGAUCUGCAUCCUUACCAAUGGGCAUGUCAACGUGGAGGUGUCUGCCGAGGACCUGCUCACCUGCUGUGGCUUCCAGUGUGGAGAAGGCUGUAAUGGGGGCUUUCCCUCUGGCGCUUGGAACUUCUGGACAAAAAAAGGCCUGGUGUCUGGUGGCCUCUAUGACUCCCACGUAGGUUGCAGACCCUACUCCAUCCCUCCCUGUGAGCACCACGUGAAUGGCUCUCGGCCCUCAUGCUCAGGGGAAGGAGGGGAAACCCCUUCAUGCAGCAAGAUCUGUGAGCCAGGCUACACCCCAUCCUACAAAGAAGAUAAACACUACGGAUGCAAGUCGUACAGCGUCCCCAGUAGCGAAAAGGAGAUCAUGGCAGAGAUCUACAAGAAUGGCCCAGUGGAGGCAGCCUUCUCCGUGUAUUCAGACUUCCUGAUGUACAAGUCCGGCGUGUACCAGCAUGUCACUGGAGAAAUGGUGGGAGGCCACGCAGUCCGCAUUCUGGGCUGGGGGGUGGAGAAUGGCACCCCCUACUGGCUGGUCGGCAACUCCUGGAACACCGACUGGGGUGACAAUGGCUUCUUUAAGAUCCUCAGAGGACAGGAUCACUGUGGAAUUGAGUCGGAGAUCGUGGCUGGACUCCCCUGCACGGACCAGUACUGGAAAAGGAUCUAA